CUUUGUAGCGCCUUUACGAGUUGAAAGCCGAAUGUUGAAGUAGAAAUGCUACAUUUGUAAUACGAUUAAAAGCAGCGAAGUAGAAGCGUUGCUACAGUGUAAGUCAAUAUGUUAUUCGUUGACGUUAAUUGAGAUGCCUUAUUGUUAGCAUAAAUACUAAAGAGACGAUAGCAUUAGCAAAGAUAAAUGACAUCGUUGUCAUGAGGUUACAGUCAUCCAUUCCAGAAUGUUUUUAGUUUAUAGGUGCCGUGUCUUUAAUAGGGUGUACAACUCACAAACGCAGGCUUGUAUAGUGCAGGCUUUUAGACAGUGUGCGUCGUCUGACAACCUCCUGCAAGCAGUUAAACAAGCAAAACCUUACAAAAGCACGAUGGCAAAAAGAACGAUUUCAUCAAAUGCAGCCGCUUCAAAUGGAGAUGGAAAUACGAGACUGAAGAGAGUUUCUAUAGAGGGAAACAUUGCUGUUGGAAAGUCAACCUUUGCGCGAUUUUUGAGAGCAGCUUGUCAAGAAUGGGAGGUGGUUUCUGAACCUGUCAGCAAGUGGCAGAACAUUGACAGCGGGACCUCAAAGGGGACGGGUGCAUCCCCCCAGAAGACUGUGAGCAACCUGCUGGAUAUGAUGUACCAGGAUCCUCAGCGCUGGUCCUAUACCUUCCAGACGCACGCCUGCAUGAGCCGCUUCAAAACACAGCUGCAGCCUCCUCCUGCACGCCUGCUGUCAUCAAUGGGAACACCGGUGCAGGUUUAUGAGCGCUCUGUCUACAGCGACAGAUACAUCUUUGCCCUGAACAUGUAUGAGCUAGGAUGCAUCAACUCCACAGAGUGGGCAGUCUACCAGGACUGGCACUCAUUUCUGGUGGAACAGUUUGGACACCAGGUGGCGCUAGACGGCAUUAUAUAUCUCAAAGCACCUCCUGAGAAAUGUAUGGAGCGCCUGGAGCGGAGAGGCAGGCCAGAGGAGAGGAAUGUGCAACUGGACUAUCUCCACAAGUUACACGAGCAACACCAGAGGUGGCUUGUGGAUAGAAGCACUGAGAUCCAUUUUGACACGUUGAAAAAGAUACCUGUGCUGGAGCUCGAUGCCAGUGUGGAGUUUCAGAGUGACCCGACAGUACGGGAGAACUUCAUGGCACAGGCCCGAGAUUUCUUCCAAGCAUUAUGAGGAGUCAUCAUCAGGUGUGAUGACGCCAGUCAGAACUCUUAAUAUGUGUCAUGUGAUAUGCAUCGGCAGCAGUUUAUUGGUUUAUUUAGUCUUCUUGAGUUUAUUUAGUCUUCUUCGGACGCAGUCACUAUUGGAAUACUCUCAUAUAAAAGCACUGUUUUUGUC